CCUGGGAGUGGGCGUGGCGCGGUCACCUGGAGGAGGAGUGUCAUGCCGGCGCUGCUGAUGCUCCUGGCCGCGGCCGCCGUCUGCUGCUCCUGCUGCGGGCUCGCGCUGCUGCUCCGCCGGCUCCCGGGCUGCUCCUGCCUCCCGCGGACACUCAUGGCCCGCACCGAGAAGCCGUUCUUCAGGAUCGCGUAUGGCUUGUACACCCGCACCAGACUUGGCUAUCUGUUCUACAAGAGACAGCUGAAGAAGGCCCGAGAGCGCUACCCCCAGGGGCACUCGUCCACCCAAGCCAUAGUGUUUAGCGGUGUUAAAGUGGUGCCCAUCCCUGUACUGUCUGAUAACUACAGCUACCUGGUCAUCGACACGACAUCUAACCUGGCGGUGGCAGUGGACCCAUCGGACCCCAUUGCUGUACAGAACUACUUGGAGCGGGAAGGCGUGAUGCUGGAAGCCAUCUUGUGUACACAUAAACACUGGGAUCACAGCGGGGGCAAUAAAGCCCUGAAGAAGCUGUACCGAACCUGCCGGGUGUACGGGAAUUCCUGUGAUGACAUUCCAGAACUGACGCACCCUCUGUCUGACAGGGACCAGCUGGCGAUCGGGCGGCUGCAGUUUCAGGCGUUCUUCACUCCGGGUCACACCGUUGGUCACAUGAUUUACGUGCUGGAUGGGAAAUCUGGAGACGGGCCGGAUUGUCUGUUCUCUGGGGACCUCCUCUUCCUCGCCGGCUGCGGGAGAAUGUUCGAGGGCUCGGCGGGCACCAUGCUGGCAUCGCUGGAUACUGUGGCCUCUCUGAAUGACAGCACGUUGCUCUGGCCUGGCCAUGAGUACGCUGCAGACAACCUCAUGUUUGCCGCCGUGGUGGAGCCUGAUAACGCGGUGCGGGACAAGAAGUUCCAGUGGGUGGUUCAGCAGAGACUGGAGAAGAAAUGCACGUGUCCGUCGACCCUCGGAGAAGAGAAGGAGUACAACCCCUUCCUGCGCACUCACUGUAGGGACUUGCAUGUGGCCCUCGACCUCCAGCGAGGAGCAGCCGAGGAGUGGAGUCGUUUCCGUUCUCGGGUCCUAGAAGAAGUUCGAAGGAGGAAAGACCUAUUUAAAGGCAGAUAAUCACCUGACCUCCCCGCUGGGAAAAUGGACCGUGAACUGGAAACUGUGCGUCUGGAGGAUCGGGUUUCACUUUGUCCCCUAAUAAUCCCAUCUGUCCGUAGAAAGGAUCGAGACCGCGACUGCGCAAGACUAAAACCUCGGCAGAUCUUCACAUUUGUGUGUUUGUUUUUAUUUGUUUGUUUUUGCACAGAUCUAAUUUUUGUAAAUUUGCAAGUAACAAAAAAACCUACGACCACUGCAUGAGAACUCGGGGAGACUUCCCCUUUAAGUAUUAUUUUCUAGGAAGAAACACUAAGACUUGGGUGGUGCAGAGGACUGUGGGAUGCGGCGCUGGCGUGAUCCCGGGAGAUGCCGGCAGUGUCCGCAUCCUCCACCAUAUGUGACCCAAGUGGCUUCUUCUUCAGGACACUAAUGGGAGAGAAGGAACCUGGAUCCAUUCAUCAGUUUCCUCUUGGAAGGGCGUGCCUAGCGCUACGGCUGCCCCUGGUGUUGAAUUUUAGUAUAUUGUGCCACCCAGUAAAGUAGAGAAUUCUA